AUGGAGGUAGGUAGCUGCAGAAGAGACGCGAUCUCAUAAAAUCCGGUCGCUACCUCACCCUCGGGCAGCCAUCUGCCCUUCCGCGCCUUCCCAACUCGCUGUACAAAACCCAAACCAGCCCCCGAAUCCCCUCUACCAUGCCUCCGCCGGAGAUGCGAACCUCCGGCGAUUCCCGCCGGGGAGCCCCCCACAUCGCCCUCCUCCCCAGCGCUGGCAUGGGCCACCUAACCCCCUUCUGCCGCCUCGCCGUCGCCCUCUCCGACAGCGGCUGCGACGUCUCCUUCAUCACCGUCCAACCCACCGUCUCCUCCGCCGAGUCCCGCCGCGUCGCCGCCCUCCUCGCUGCCUUCCCCCGCCUCCGCCCCCUCGAUUUCCGCCUCGCCGACUUCGACCCCUCCGCCUUCGCCUCCACAGACCCCUUCUUCCUUCGCUUCGAGGCGAUCCGCCGCUCCGCCCACCUCCUCCCCGCUCUCCUCGCCGCCGCCUCCCCGCCGGUCUCCGCCGUCGUCGUCGACAUCUCCUUGGUUUCCACCUUCCUCCCCGUCCUCGCCGGCGUCGGCCUUCCGUGCUACCUUCUCUUCACCGCCUCCGCCGCGAUGCUUUCCCUCUGUGCACACUUUCCAGCGUACAUCGCCGCCAAAACCACCGCCGGCGUCGGCGACGUCGAGAUCCCCGGCCUGCGGACAGUGCCCAAGUCCUCCAUCCCGCUGCCGCUCCACGACCCGAACAAUCUCUUCACCACUCAAUUCGUCGAGAAUGGUCGAAUACUUCAGAAAGCCUGCGGCAUCUUGAUCAAUACAUUCCAUGCCUUGGAGCAGGAGGCGCUGGACGCGCUGAACGGGGGGAAGGUGGUGCCCGCCGGGCUUCCUCCGGUGGUUGCCAUCGGACCGCUGAAACCGGUGAUAGGUUGCGAAGGAGGCUCGCCGCUCCCCUGGCUCGACGCCCAGCCGGCACGGUCGGUGGUCUACGUGAGCUUUGGGAGCCGGACCGCCAUGUCGGCGGAGCAGAUGAAGGAGCUGGGAACUGGGUUGGAGAGGAGUGGGUGUAGGUUCUUGUGGGUGGUGAAGAGUAAGGUGGUGGACAGAGAGGAAGAGGUGGAGUUGGAGGAAUUAUUAGGAGAGGAGUAUCUGGAAAGAGUGAGGGAGAGGGGGUUGGUGGUGAAGGGGUGGGUGGAGCAAGAGGAGAUCCUGGGGCACGUAGCCGUCGGUGGGUUUCUUAGCCACUGUGGGUGGAACUCGGUGACCGAGGCGGCGUUGCACGGGGUGCCGAUCUUGGCGUGGCCGAGGUUAGGGGACCAGAGGGUGAAUGCGGACGUUAUGGCGAGGGGUGGGCUUGGGAUUUGGGUGAAGGAGUGGAGCUGGGAGGGCGAAGAGAAGGUGGUGAGAGGGGAGGAGAUCGGCGAGCGCGUGAGGGAGCUGAUGGAGGACGAGGGCUUGCGGGCGUCGGCGGCGAGGCUGGGGAAGGAGGCUGUGAAGGCUGUGGCUGUGGAUGGGAGCUCCGGUAAAGGGCUGGCAGAGUUCAUCGGCAAGCUUUGAAGGAGGAGGAGGAGUUCCAUGGGGAAGUUCGAUAGUGUGAUGAAUGCUCGGUCUUUGUUCUGAAUAAUGUGGCUGUUUGUUUGAGAACAUUAAUUUGGAAUUUGGCGUCGCUUCUUAUUUGUGUUUGACAAACUGGUGUUCUCCCUUGUAUUCACAUCGUGCCUCGGCAACAAUAUAUAUUUGUUUAAAUUUUAAACUGUUAAAAGCAUA